GCUCAUCAGGUUGUUCAUACUGCUCUGGGCUGGUCAGGUUUGUUUGAUUUGAUGGUAUUAGUGGUUUUGGAUACCUACUGGCUGGUUGGGUUGACUACCCUGGUUGGUAAAGCUGGUUCUAAUUGGUCAGACUUGUUUGAUUUUAUGGUGUCUGAGGGGUUUGGACACAUACAGCCUGGUUCUAGCUGGUCAGGCUUAUUUAGUGUGAUGAUAUUAGAGGAGUUUUGGACACUUACAGGUUGGGUCUUGCAGGUACAGUUCACUAGUCUGGUUGGUAAGGCUGGUUGUAGCAAGUUAGGCUUGUUUGAUUUGAUGGUGUUUGAGGGGUUUUGGACACAUACAGGCUGGUUCUAGCUGGAUAGGUUGGUCAGACUGCUUUGGGCUGGUCAGGUUUGUUUGAUUUGAUGGUAUUAGUGGUUUUGGAUACCUACUGGCUGGUUGGGUUGACCACCCUGGUUGGUAAGGGUAGUUCUAGCUGGUCAGGCUCAUUCUGGCUGGUCAGGCUUGUUUAGUGUGAUGAUAUUAGAAGGGUUUUGGACACUUACAGGUUGGGACGUGCAGGUCCAGCUGACUAGUCUGGUUGGUAAAGCAAGUCAGGCUUGUUUAAUGUGAUGGUGUUUGAGGGGGUUUGGACACCUACAGGCUGGUCCUAACUAGUCAGGUUGGUCAGCCUGGAUGGCCAGGCUACUUCUAGCUAGUUAGUCUACUUCUGUCCAGUCAGGUUUGUUUGGUCUGAUGGUAUUAGGGGUUUUGGUCAUCUGCAGGCUGGUUCAAGCUGGUCAUGUUGACUAGCCUCAUUGGUGAGGUGGGUUCCUGCUGGUCAGGCUUGUUUAGUUUAAUGGUAUUAGAGGGGUAUUGGACAUUUACAGGUUAGUUCUUGCUGGUCCAGUUGUCUAGUUUGUUUGGUCAGGCUGGCUCUAGCUUGUCAGGCUUGUUUGAUUUGAUGGGGUUUCAUGGAUUAUGGACACCUGCAGGCUGGUUCAAACUGGAUGUCAGUCUCGUUUGGGCUGGUUAGUCUUGUUUGAUUUGAUCUUAUCAGAGGGGUUUUGGACACUUACAGGCUGGUUCUAGCUGGCCAGCCUGUUUCUACCAAAUAACCAACUACUCCUUGUCAGGCUGAGAGGCAAAUUGGGCAUCCAGCUAGCCCAGGCUGGGAGAACGUAACCAUUUUAGACCAGCUAAGCAUAUUACGGUGGUCUAAGCUGGGGUUUAUGUUUUUCAAACCAGGGAUAAGGAGCCAAGCAAACCCUCGCAGCCCACAGCAGGUGAACGUUCCGGCAGUCAUCCCAGGCCAUUCUUCUAUGUUCAACCAGCGGUGCAGCCAUGUUAUACGUAUCAGUGGCACAUGAAUCAUCCUUACAGCCAGCACGGCUUCCCUGGGUCUGCCUUCCAUUUUGGUCGUCCCUACAUGCUCCCUUAUUCCUACCUGCAGUAUCCAGGUUACGUCAUGCCUCACGCUGCCAUGCAACCCGUGGAUUACCGCAGGAUACACGAGAGAAACUUUCCGCACGCCCCCGGAUGUGAUGCUUCUCUCCGACAGUACCAACACGGCCAAGCCGUUCAGAGAGAGACGACGUGUGUAGGAGCCCAAACGGACCCGAGCGAAGCCUUAAAUAAACUCAUUGAAUGUUUGGAUCAACUGCGUGCCAGCGACAGUUCCCAAACCUCAGGAAGUCUGUCACCUUUAAUGAAGGAACCAAAGUGUGAGGAAGAAAGUGGACCCAUGGGAAAGAAGCUGAGUAGCAAAUCCAACAUGGCGGUCGAUGAUAGAGAUACGAGUUGUAGUCGUGUCGAACACGUCACUCAAGAGGAGGACUCAUCUCUGGCUUCAGGGAAGGAGGAGGAGGAAGAAGAAGAAGAAAAGAAUGAGAUAGUGUACCGAGACUGCUCAGAGAGUCACUCAGACUCACAAAGUGGUAGUUGUCAAGAGAAAAACCAGGAUGAGAAGGUCCAAGAUGGAGAGGUGGUACAAACCAAUGAGGAGAUAGAGUGGGAUGGUUGUAUCGCCAGUCGACCUUCAUCCCAGUCCUCUCCUGCACGUUCUUCUUUAACCAGAAAAGCAGACGAUCAAAGAAUCCAGAAACCACAAGAUUUUUCGUGCUGUAUCCUCCACUUGCCGUUUGAGAAGGUGCUGUCUUCUGGCGUUUAUGGAGCCAGCAUUAGUCCUCCAUCGCUUGGGUCUCCGUUAAAUUACACUUAUCGUCCUCCUCAGCUAGCUCACGAGCGUGUCAGCGUCUUAAGUCCGUCCCUGGAUGAGCUCUCGUCUCACGAUGAGCUUCUCUCCACCGAUUUAGACGACAUUGACCUGUUUCCAACUCGAAUCUACACCAGAGGGAAACUCGCCGAGGUCACGUCCAGGAGAUGCCACGGUUCCGAUCUGUGCUUGCUCUAUCCGAAGAGACUGACGUGCGCUACGUGCGGAUCGCACACCUUCAAAGAGCUGAGCAGGAUCAAAACGUGCCAUUAUGAUGACGUGGAAGAUUCAGACGAGGUCGAGGGCGAACGUCGUCUCCGAAACACAGUGGGGGGGAAGGGUCACGCACCCAGGAAAACACACACUCUGUUAAAACACAAACUCAGGGCCGUGCAUCACCGAGAGAAGGCGGAAAGUCAGCACGAGUCCUCACGUUCUGAACAUUUAUGCUGUGAGUCAUGCACAUGCUCAACAGAGAAGAGCGCCAGAGCAGUUAACGCUCGCCCAGAGCGACGGUGCAGAGCGACUUCAGAUCAGCUGCUGAGGGACGGUGUUGGAGUGAGCACCAGAGCAAAAGCAUGCAGAGCUCAACCCUUACCACAGCGACCACAAAGACUGGGGCAGAGAAAAGCUCGCUUUAAACCACCGGUGUGUCAGGGCUCCAGGAAUGAGGAAGAUGAUGCUAAUGAUGAGGAGGAAGAGGAAGAGCAGGAAGCGCUUCAGUACCACAGGACAAAAGGAACCGCUAAAAGAGGAGGGGCGCGAUGCUAAACGUCACUAAAGUUCACGUCAUCUUCCAGCGAAUGCACGUGUUAUUUUUGUGUUUUGGAUUUGAAGAAAGCGAGUUCUGGGUUGCACAGUCGCCAUGGUUACAGUUCACCGUAUUAAAUCUCCCUGCACCUUCUGCACCUGUGUUCGUAUCAAACCCUCUUUUUCUCAGCCGCUUUAUUUCGCCACUGUCCCUGGAGGUGAAGUGCUUCAAAAUGAGCAUCACGACUAAUAAUAAUAAUAAUAAUAAUAAUGUGUCUGGAUUCUCUGUACAUAUUCCAAUAAAGUGUUUGUAUGGGUGA